CUCGGCCCGUUCGACUCUCAUAAGCAUUCAAGAGUUGCUUACGUUCGGUUCGUUCGCAUUUCUUCUCUAUCUUAUAUAAUAUUAUAUUUUCUCCUAAAUCAAUUUUUUCACUACCAACAACAACAACAAUAAUAACAACUCAACUAUUCUCAACUCGCGUCAACCUUAACUUAACUUUCUCGAAACAAAAAACUACAACUUUACCACUACAACUCUGUCAACUUUCCGUUUUUAAACUGAAACUACCAAAAAAGCAAAACAUUUUGUUUUCGACUCGACCAUCGAACAAGUUUUGUUUUCCCAAAAAAAGAAAAAGAAAAAGGAGAAAAUCGCCAGCCGACAAAAAAGGAUACCCCAAAAAAGAAAAGUCCCCCUCGUUAUGUUUUGAGUCCAAUUCCGUGUUAAAAACAAACGUAAACGUAAACGCAAAUGUAAAUGUAAAAAUCGAUAAGCCACACGCAGCCAGCCAACUGAACGCGAACGUGUCCGUGUGUGUGCCGUGGAGCGAGGGGAGCUAACCGGGGGGAACUGACCAAAAAUCGGUGGCCCUGGCCAAAAACGCAAAAACUCCGGCCCAAAAAAAAAGAAUACAACCCAAAAAAGAAAAACCGUAAGGAAGGCAAAAAGAGAGCCAGACGAAACUCCAGCCCAAAUGACGGAUACGGGUCUGACAACGAAUCAAGCGCCGAAAUGUGUGAAGUGGCUGUGAAACCCGAGGAAUCCUAACUAAAAAAAGCAAACCAAUUUACAAUAAAAUGCAAAUUAUUAAGAAUAUUUAACAAAAACACACCACACACACACACCCUCAGCCAACAACACACACUGAAAUGCCAGGCCACUAAACUCAACAAGCUGUACGACUAAAUCUUUAAGAGAUCUUUCGGCGAGCCAAACUCUAUAUACAAUAUAUAUAUAUAUAUAUAUUCCGAUAUAUAUUUUCACAUGCGAGAUAACAACAGCAACGUUUCCUUUCCGCUUUUGCCACAAAUAAUACCCCCUGAGACGGUCUUUGCUCGCUCGAAACUCGACACUAGCUUCAGCACUUAGCCCUCUAAGAUCUUUAACUGGAUCCUCAGGCUCCUAGCCAAAAAAUCCAAAGCUCUAACCUCAAAGAACCCAGAAAAUGCCGCGCUGCCUGAUAGCCAAGAAGUGGAAGGCCUAUCCCUGGCUGGAUCGGACGGAGGAUAAUACCAACCAGCAGCAGCAGCAGCAUCAGAACGCCACCAACUCCUCUAGAGAUCUGGAAGAACUUCAUCUAAAGUCCAGACGCUCUACCCUGGAUGAGGAUGAGGAGAUUGAUGUGGUGGGCGAUAAAUUCCUGAUCAAGUUGGAGAAACAACGCACAACAGCAGAUGCAGCAGGAGCAGCAGCAGCAGCAACAUCAACAGAAGCAGCAACAUCGCACAGCAGCAACAUGGAGGCAACGACAACAACGACGACGACGUCAAAGUGUUGGGGUCCCAGUUCACCCACGGCGGGCACAACGGCACCAAGUCCGCCGCCCCAUUCCCCGGAGGCGGCGACGCGAGUGGCCGGCAAUGUUUACAACGGCUACACCCGCGAACUGUCGCCGCUGCACUAUACCGCGUACCUGCCCCGCAUGGAGAGCGAGAUAACCGUGAUCCGUGCCGCGGCCACAGCCCUGGUGGCAGCCAGAUCAUCCGGUAACGGAAAUGGGGAUCAGCACUUGGCGGCAUACCAAACGCCACCCUCCUCCACUACAUCAUCACCCUCUUGUUCGCCCAGUGGAGCCGGAGAUCGUUACAGUCCGCUGUCGAGCGGACAAACCUCCAGCGAAAGGAAGUGCUUCAGCAGUACGGGAGCCACACUGUCACUACCGCCCAAGAAGAAGGACAUCUACAGACCGUACUCACUGGAUGACAAACCGGCGCAUGGCUAUCGGAGAAGGAUUCCGGCAGAGGAAGACCUGCAUGCGGCACAUGCUAUCUUGGAUCUGAGUGCCAGCACAGCCUUCCACCCGCCCACGCAGCCUCACCAACUCCAGCAGCAGCAGCAGCAACAGCAGCAGCAUCAUCAUACACAGCAGCAACACCUUGCCCCGCAGCAACAACAUCAUUACUUGCCACUGCAGCAGCAACAGCAGCAGCAGGCACACCACACCCACUUGCCAACUCUCGAGGCGCAUGCGCAUCUGCGCAGCACGUCAUCGAUUGCCGAACUGGCUGCAGCGGCCAGCGUGGUAAAUGAGCAACGCCCCGCGAGCAAUGCCUCGAGUGCGAGCAGCAAUCACAUGCCCAGCAGUCCCAGCAGCAAUGCGAGCAGCAGCAGCAGUCAGGUGCAGAACGAAAACAGCAACACCACCAACACGAAUCAGGAUGGCGAGUGCCUCCAGGAUGGAGAGCAUGGUGGCGCCUCUGGAGCAUCGGCAAAAACGGUGGCCUACACCUACGAGGCCUUCUUCGUCAGCGACGGUCGCUCGAAGCGCAAGCAUGUGGCGGAUCCUGCAGCUGCCACCAGCGGAGUACCAACCCCGGAUCAGCAGAAGACCAAGUACACCUGCUCUGAGUGUGGAAAACAGUAUGCCACCUCCUCGAAUCUGUCGCGCCACAAGCAAACCCAUCGCUCGCUUGACUCACAGUCCGCCAAAAAGUGCCACACCUGUGGCAAGGCCUACGUUUCCAUGCCAGCUUUGGCCAUGCAUCUGCUAACACACAAGCUAUCCCAUAGUUGCGGCGUCUGUGGCAAGCUCUUCUCAAGACCCUGGUUACUCCAAGGUCAUCUGAGAUCCCACACGGGCGAGAAACCCUAUGGAUGUGCGCACUGCGGCAAGGCCUUUGCUGAUCGUUCCAAUCUUCGAGCUCACAUGCAAACCCAUUCGGUGGACAAGAACUUCGAGUGCAAGCGGUGCCACAAGACCUUCGCUUUGAAGUCAUACCUCAACAAGCAUCUGGAAUCGGCUUGCCUGAAGGACGAGGAGGAGCUAAUGAUGUCCAUGUCGCUGUCCAUGCACGAUAGCAACAGUGAGAGUGGGGCCAGUAUGGCCUCGUCACCGCCACACGAGUUCCUUGAGCGCGUUAAACUCGAGGGCAGUGGAGGAGCCACUUAUGCCAUGUAAGCAUAAAAUCCAUGGGGGGUGCCACACAAAUCCUUAGAGAUUUGAAAUUGCUCAAGGAGAUGUCCAGAUCCGGUUCGAAGGACCAAAGUGUAAAAAGAAAGCAUCUAGAUUGGUUGAGGUUUCAAAACUUUGGGGAUUUCUGUGGCACUCCCGAUAGAAAGAGAUGAAUGAUGUGCUGUAACUGCAUAGCUGGUUAGUUAAUUUACCGUUAAUGUUAAAGUUACCGUUACCAUAUACAACUAGGUUAACCGAUAGCCGUUUUUAUAGAAGAUACAUACAUCACAAUACGUCCAAGAGCAAAGUGUAGUAGAGUAACACAGAGACUGUAGAAAUUCGCAUUAGGCAGCCAAGCAACAAAAUACUCAGCGGUGGUGUUCUCAAAAUCUCUUGAGUGCUUUGAAAACUCCAAUUCUAAAGGUGCCUCUAAAAGUAUGCAAAGGAAACUUUCCAGCCCUUAGAGAGAUCUUGAGAACACCGCCGUGUUAACCAACUCAAAAUGGUUCUUCUUUUAAACUUAAGUGAGUUGAACAUUCCUAAAACCCUAAAACACAUUCCAGAAAACGAAAACACACAAAAAACACCCCCAAAACACACUGAGAGCCUUGUGUAUGAGGUGCUAUAGCCACAUACAUUCCGAGAACCUGAAGAAAUCUAAGCAAUUCUAGCAGCUAUCUUAACUAUCUAACUAACUUACCAAAACGAAAACGAAAACAAAAAGACACACAUAAGAGUACUAUAUUUAAAAAUGCAUAUAUAGAGUGUAUGUACUAUAAACUGUAGCUAAACCAAACGAACGUUUUAAUCUACCCACUCUCUCCAAACUAACUCUCGAAGAACACUCUCCUCUAGCUAACCCUAACUCUUACUCGAACAAUAUCUCUCUACUCUCUAUCUCUAUCUCUUUAAUCGACAACGUUGACGACGACGACGAAGUGAUUAAAAUUAAUGCAACGAAUACAAAAGCAAAUGCAAUGUUUCUCAAACAACGAAUUAGGACUUAAGGGCAGCCUAUCUAUAAGCAGUAAUUACGAGUGCUAGCCACUAAGCAAUUUUAAACUAAGUCACACGAAAGCGACAUUUAAGCACUCAACAAUUUUUAGAUUCGAUAUAACAAAACGACAACGAUACAAAUUAACAAAUUAAUCAAAAAAAAAAACAAAACAAAAACAAACAAGCAAGCAACAAAAAAACGAAACGCAAAGCAAUAUUUAGUCGGGUUUUGCGAACCGGUUCAAGUGGGAGCGGUUCAGGAGCGAAUGUUAACAAAUCGAAACCGAAACAACAAGGACCAAACGUAACUCCCCGAGAACUGGUUGUGUAAGCCUCAUAUUAACCCUUUGUAGAAAGCAUCACGAUCACGUUUAUAUAGGUCAAGUCCCCCAAUUAGUUCACUCCGAAAUCAUUUAAGGCUAGAAGAGCAUUGCAGAAGUCACAGAGGGCGGUUCGAAAUCCCUUUUUUCUUUCGAAUUGGGCGCUUUUUCCUCUCAGUCAAUUACCAGUGAAGUAGCCUAACCAUUAUUUAUUUUAGUCUUUAGAAGUGAACAUCUAGUCGCUGUUUAACAGCAAAACUCACUUAUUACCAAAGCCAUUCCCAGUUUUUAGUAGCCACAAACAUUGCAUUCCGUUCGAGGCUCAAUUAGGAGUACAGCCAAGCAGCGAAUAAGACCAAAGAAUUUCGGGGAUUCCCCCUGACAGUAUUCGAUCGCAAAGAGAGAACCCCUCAAUCGCAGAACAGAACCGAAUAUAUCGAGUGUGAUCUAGUCUCAAGCAUUUAACAGUACACUUCGUCCAUGCGUGAAUAAUACUUUUGCACUUUUUCGACACUUAACCGACCUAGUACGAUAUUACUUAGCCCUAUAUUAUGUAACUGUAACUCAUAUUCAUUCAUUCAUUCAUUCAUUCAAUCAAUCGUUUACUCACUCAUCUUCAUACUCACACAAGCUCACACACACACACACACAGAAACACUCAAUCGCCGCACAAAUCUGUAAAUACUAGGAUAUAGCAUAUAUACAUACAUCUGCAUUAUAACCAUCAACUGAAAUCAGCUUCAGCAACCGAUCUCAAAGAGGAAGUGGGGAAAGAAGUGCAACGAACAUUUUGUAGCCCUAGUCUAGUAGCCAAGUUUAGAUGACCCAAACCAAAGUUGUUGGUAUUUCUAAGCGGGUAUCUGGGAAUAUAUAUAAAUAUAUAUAUAUAGAGGAUAUAUACAUCUAGAAUACGUAUGUAGUUGCGUAAUAUUUACAAAGCAUAUAUUAUAUACAGCUAGGGUUAGUCUUCAGACAUGUACUCGUAAGUUAAACUAGUAAGUAUAAUCACGAAAUUAUUUUUAUACUGUUGUUCGGAGGAGGGAGCGUCGGACGAGAGAGAUGGCAACACUUUUAAGGAAUAUAAUAUUAAUCGAAUAAUCGAAUUCGAAUUCGCAAUCGGAAUCGAAAUCGACUAAAUCGGCUAAAGUACCAAAGCAAAUACUCAAAAAACAAGCAAAACUUAAGAACCCCUGCAAACCGCAAGACAAAUUACAAUUAUUUCAAUUACAACUACAAUUAAUUAUAUAUAAUAUAUAGCGUUAUCUAGCAUGUAGUCAAACUAUUAUUAUUUAUGUAUCGUUUAUAAUUCGAAACGAAGCGAAUGAGAAAUGUAAUGAAUAUUUAUGAAAUUUGCAUUAUGAGAAUGUUGAAUUGAAUUGAAGCCCGGCAAUAAUAUUAAAUUUUAAAAAUUUUGUAUAACAAUUGUAUAGAAGAGGCGACGAUGGAAAGUAAAGCAAUAACUUAACUAACGAGUUAAUCGAUUUAUUAGUCUUAAAGAAUACUGUAAGGUUGGAACUACUUACAAUUAGCAAUCGAAGCACACUUGUAAAAACCAAAAAACAAAACAGCAAAAAACCAAAAAAAAAAACCAAACAAAACAAAAAGCAUUAAAGAAAUGAAAAACAAGAGAAGCAAUUAUAAAGUUACAAAUAUACAAUACAUAUUAAAUAACCACACAUUUUACAAGCGAAACAAUGUUUUUUAUUUAUAAACCAAUUCGGUGUUAUUAUUAUUUCCAUUUCGACUGGCUUUUGUUGCUGAGUAAUUUUUGACGAAUAUGAAGAGACGACGAACAACCCAAAGCAAUUCGAAUAUUGUGAUAGUCCAAAUACACACUAACAAUUUUCCGAACUAUUCAUUGAUUUUGCUCAAAGGAAAACGAGCAAGCGAGAAAUCAAAUUGAGCUCCACAAACUUUUAAUAGAAAUAACGUGUAUCGAAAAGCAAUAAAACGUAGCGGUAAAGAUUUAUAAAACAAAACAACAACAAUUGGGGGUGCAUAUUUUAAAAUUUGUAAAAGAAAUCUUAACUCGAAACUACUACUUAUACCCCCUGUCAUCUAUAUAUAUACAUAUAUAUCUAUAUCUAUAUAUUUGGAAAAGCUUUAGUCCAAAAUUAUAUUCUUCAGUUGUUCCAAAAUCACGCACACACACACACACAGAGCCCAGAUCAUGAGGUAUUGUUAAACCCAAGGAAAUUGUUAAAGUUGAUACAUUAGUAGCUUAGGACUCACACACUUACACACGCUCACAUUUAUCCUGUACAGAUAUAUAUAUUUAAACGGAACCAGCGCAACGCGAAAUGCAAUUGUUGAAUUCAGUAUUUGUAGCAUUAGGUUCAUGAUCCAUUGUUUCCAUUAUCUGUUGCUGACACCACCCCCAACUAAACCACCCAACAGCCGAGCAAACGAACAACUGAGCAACGUGCAACACCCAUGGCAACACAAUGUUGUGUUGGGUGUUGUGUUGUCCUUUUUGUGUCAAUGCAGUUUAACGAGCGCUCGUUAGGCGAACGCGAACAAAGGGAAAUGUAAUAAAAAAAAGCAGGCGGCAAAAAAGGGGGAGGUACUUUACCCGAACCACCCCUCGCGGAAAUUGCAAAAAAUGAAAAGGGGAGGGAAAACAAUAAAAGGGGGUGUCCUUGCACGCAUUUAAUUCGAAAAAAUAUAAUUUGCAUAGUUUGCAUUGAGCGUGAUUUAUUUAUUUACCAAAUCAAAAUCAUAAAAACACCACACACACACACCCACACACCCACACACCCCCACACGUGUAUAAAUAAUUGAGCAAAAAAGUAUAAAAGACUUGGCACGUUAACACUAAUAAUUCAAGAAUUGAACAUAACUAAUAAAGUCAUGAAAAGUAUAUAUAUAGAUAUAUAAAGCCGACAUGAAGAAUAAGCAAGCGAGAACAAAAAAUGAAAGACUUAACACUUUGAAUAUAUAUUAUAACGGAGAAAAGCUAAACUUAUUUACAGCUAUUGUAUUGUAUAUGGUAUAAUCAUAGAGAACCGAAAGCGAAAGCGAAAGCAAAAGCAAAAGCAAAAGCAAUUAACAAAGCAACAACAAAAAAGCAAAUCGAAAGCAAUAGAGCAUUAAGGUAACUAAAAAGUAUUAAAUCGCAUGUAUCUAUGAGUAAAUAUUUGGAAUUCGUUAUAUUAUUGCGAUAAGAGAGAGAGGCGUGGCGAGACCCCGAACAAUUAUGGCACUAUACACUAUAUAUACUAUAUAUAGCAGAUUAAAGAAUAUAAACAAUUUAGUUUACACGGGAAUAAGCGAGAAAAACAAAACAAAAAGAAAACAAAGCAAAAAAAAAAAAAAAAAAAAAGAUAAGCAAUAACUUAUAAUUAACGAAAGCCGUAGGGAUUUUUGGAUUUAGCUGGCAAACGAUGAAUUGAUUAAACGAUUAUAAACGAUUAUUAGUUAUCUAUAUACCGAUAUAUUAACAGGUAGAGUUGUUUUUGCAUAUUGUUAUCGCAACUUUUGUGCUGCUUGACGAGACCAAUUGAUGUACUUUAUACAACGAAAACCAAUGGAAAACCCCAUGAAAACUAAUGAGAACUCAUCUUAUGUUUUUGCAUAGGUGCAUAUUGUUGCGAUAGAUAUACAAACCUAUUUUGGUCGAUUAUACAUAACACACACACACACAUGCCCCAAAACAGAUAUAGUUGAACAAAAAGGAGUUACUGAGUAGAAAUCAUUUUAACUUGUAUUUAGAGCACUCACACAUACAAAACACCAACAACACACACACACACACUCACACAACUGUAGCAUUGUAGAAAAGUAGAGUUGCAACAAAAAGUAUUAUUAAAGAAAAACAAAAAACAAAAAGAGCGAACAUAAAUUUAAGCUUACGAUUAGUAAAAGACACAGCACCUUAGUGAGCCAGCAAGAAAAUAAGAAAAAUAAUGAAUUCUGUACCUAGAAAUACAACACACACACACACACAUACACAUACACUGAUACAAACAUUAAUUAUGUAUUUAAUUGCAUCGAAACAAACUAAUCGAAUAUAUAAAUAUACGAAGCGAUAUAUGCAACUAUAAAUAUAUACACACACAAGGACAAAAAUGCGUUUAUUAUGCGAUAUAUGCAAAACAUUCUACAUUAUUAAUUACGUGCAUUAUGUAUAUGACAUUCAUGUACAUAAAUGGCAACGAAAAUACACACACACACACACACACACACACGCAAACAAGCAAACAAACAUAAAAGGUCCUGGCUUAUGCUGUCAAUCAGGGUUAAUGGAUGGAGUAUCUAACAUGAAAAUCCUGCCAAGCCUGAUUGGAGUCUUAGAUUCCAGGAUCCGCCCUCGAAAGUCAAUUUUACCAAAUGGUCAAUUUCAAUUAUGACUCAAAUCGUUUCAUGUUUUUCAGUAGUCUUUAUGCUAAGUUGUUGAAAAUUGUGCUAAUAUUGAGCUAAUAAGACAGACAACACAACAAAACCAAAAACGAAAACAAAAAAUACGAUGCGAAAUCGAUAAAGAAUUUAUGAAUGUCUUCAGUUUGAUUGCGUGGUUUCGACUAGAGUGCAUCAAUAAAUAUAUAAAACUUAUAUACGCAUUAAACGAGUAUACUAUAUAUUUUGUACUUAAUCAAUUGAUUUGUAUAAUCCAACAAAAACAACAACAAAACAACCACACACACACACACACUCACUCGAACAUAAAUACACGACAAUGGCUAAUCAAUGCAUAGUUACUAACGGGAAAAACGGAGCCAAGCAUUCUGUAAAACAUCUAACAUAAACGUACAUAAGUAUAUUAUAUUUUCAUAACACAUGACAAAUUUAUACAUGAAAAAAGAAAAGCCCAGCAGUGGGCACAAAACGAUGAUGAUGGCGAGAAAAGUGCGACGAUGCAAAACAACUUGCGUAGUAAAUGAGAAAACAAAAAUAGUGAAUAAAAAAAAUAAAAAUCUGACAAAAAAAGAA